AUGUCGUCAACAAAGACAAUACUGCGUCUGGCUAGCAAGAGGCCACUAGGUGCGGUUUCACAGGCUAAGGGAUGCGUCCAGCGCGCUUCCCUUUCUCAAUCGACGAGGAGUUAUGCCGCCGACAAACCUGGACCUGACCUCAGAACAGCCGGGCCCGAUCUCCUCUCCGAGCUGCGAAAGGCUCCUCGCCCGCGUGAGUAUGGAAUACUGAAGAAUCCGAACAAACUGCUGACUUUCGGAGAAGCCCAGGGUAAACUAUCAGCACCCAUCGUCAAUGACGCAGACAAAUAUGCAGACAAAGCCCUACCUCUCCAUCAAUACGGCCAAUACCUGAUGUCCUGCCUACCCAAAUAUAUCCAGCAGUUCUCAGUAUGGAAGGACGAACUCUGCAUCUACAUUUGCCCCACCGGUGUCAUUCCUGUCUUUACGUUUCUCAAGUACCACACUGCGGCAGAAUAUACCAUGGUUGCAGAUAUUACUGCAGUAGACUUUCCUACCAAGAGCUACCGGUUUGAAGUUGUAUACAAUCUGCUCAGUGUGCGACACAACUCCAGAAUACGAGUCAAGACAUAUGCGGAUGAAGCGACCCCAGUCCCUUCCAUCACGUCCCUCUACGACGGCGCAAACUGGUAUGAGAGGGAGGUCUAUGACAUGUUUGGCGUAUUCUUCACUGGUCACCCUGAUCUACGGCGAAUAAUGACGGACUACGGUUUCGAUGGACAUCCGCUGCGCAAGGAUUUCCCCUUGACUGGGUACACCGAAAUCAGAUACGAUGAGGAGAAGAAGCGAAUUGUGGUGGAGCCCCUUGAAAUGACACAGGCGUACCGAAACUUUGAGGGUGGUUCAAGUGCUUGGGAACAGGUUGGUGUUGGCUCGGACCGGAAACCAGCAGAGUUCAAAUUGCCCACACCAAAGCCUGAAGAGAAGAAGGAGGAGAAGAAAUAG